AUGACUCCCUCUUUGGAACAAGAUCAGAAGAAACUCCUCGAAAUUCUGCAGACCAAGACCUGGUUCGGCUUUGAUCUCGACGAUACCCUCCACGAGUUCCGCCGGGCCAGCCGAGCUGCAGUAACUCACUGCCUCACUCGGAUAUCCAACGAAAACCCUCACAUCAAAAUCGAGAACCUUCAAGAACAGUAUCAGAUAAUACUCAAACAAGGAACUGCAAGCGCAUUCACGGAUGGAAAGACCUCUCACGACUACCGUCGGGAACGCUUCGGUGCAACACUGAGUCAUUUCGAACUCAAUCAUGACUCGAUCGAAGAGUUACUACAAGACUACGAACGGGUUCUAGUCGAGAACCUGACUCUCAAACCCGGUGCAUUUUUCCUACUCAAGGCCAUCAAAGAAUCUGGUAGAAGGAUUACCGUCAUCACAGAAGGCCCGCAGGACGCCCAAGAGCGGGCCGUUCGGGACCUGGGGAUCGCCAGCUACAUCGACUUCCUAGCAACGACCAACCGUUUUGGCGUGGCCAAGACGUCGGGGCUCUUUGGAAAAGUUUUAAAACAUCUUGACAUUCAGCCUAGUGAUAUUGUAUAUGUUGGAGACUCAAAGGAGCGAGACGUUGAGCCUGCGACCCAGGAGGGGAUUUAUACGAUCCACCUGCGGGAGGAUCAGACAGUGUCACUCGCUUUAAAUCCUCCAAGCAUCAACUCUUUAGAAGUUCUUGCACAACUUGUACCGUUAUUUGGUCAUAUAUAA